AUGAGCAGAAUGAAAACUAAUUUAAUCCAAAGUGUUACAAAGAUUGAUUCGGGAAGUAUUAACUUUCUUUCUCAAGAUCGUGCCUUUCACCAUUCUUCCGUCCUCUUUCGAGCAAGAUUCCAACAAAUUCUCCUGCAAUCUUCAACUUUCCAUCGUCCAGAAAAAAAAUACGCAAACUCUAACAUCAAGACGCUUUUCCGUCAAGGAACUCCGAUUGUGAAAAAACGACAUUCAAUUUUUCAUCACGAUCCGGAAAAUACUGUACGAAAUUUUCACAGCAAAACAGGACGAAAUAAUAAUAGUGAGACAAUGAUUUGCAAGCGAAGAGUGAUUGGUGCCAUCGAUCAAGGAACGACAUCUACCAGAUUCAUGCUUUUUGACGCGAACGAUUUGAGUGAAUUGUCAUCUUAUCAAUUAUCACAUGAAAGUUAUUAUCCCAAACCAGGUUGGGUUGAACAAGAGCCCAUGGUAAUUUUGCAAAACACUGUCGAGUGCAUGAGUAAUGCUUGUGACAAGUUGGAAAUUGACGAUGUGGAAAUUGUGGCUAUCGGAGUGACUAAUCAAAGAGAAACUACAGUUCUUUGGGACUCGGAAACAGGAGAGCCAUUAUGCAGAGCAAUAGUAUGGAACGAUACACGAACAAAAGACUUGGUCGACUCAAUUUGCAAAGAAAAAGCUAAUGGAGAUUAUUCAAAAUUUAGAGAUAUUUGUGGACUACCUUUGAGUACAUAUUUUAGUGCUGUAAAACUCAGAUGGAUGAUUGAUCAUUAUCCUGAGGUUAAAAAAUCUGUAGAAAGAGGUACUUGUAUGUUCGGAACUGUUGAUUCGUGGUUGAUUUGGAAUCUCACUGGCGGUACAAAAGGAGGCAUUCAUAUUACUGAUGUCACAAAUGCGAGCCGAACAAUGUUAAUGAAUUUACAAACAUUGCAAUGGGAUGAAGAAAUGCUUCAAGUAUUUAACAUUCCCUCAGGAGUGAAAUUACCUACUAUCAAAAGCAGUGCCGAAAUUUAUGCUCCAAUCCAAAAAGAUAUUGUACAGGAACAUCCUUUAUUGAGCAAUGUGGUGAUAGCAGGGUGCAUUGGAGAUCAACAAUCAGCAACCAUUGGUCAACGUUGUUUUAAUAAGGGUGAUACCAAAAAUACUUAUGGAACUGGUUGUUUCCUGUUAAUGAAUUGUGGUAAUGAAAUUGUAAAAUCUACGCAUGGGCUGUUAUCCACCGUUCAAUAUCAGUUGGGUUCUGACUCAAAACCCGUAUAUGCACUCGAGGGCAGCGUUGCCGUAUGUGGAUCUGGUGUCACAUGGUUGCAACAAAAUUUGAAAAUUAUUUCCAAUCCUUCAGAAUCGGAAACUGUUGCUCGUACUGUUUCAGAUACAGGAGGAGUUUAUUUUGUUCCUGCAUUUUCAGGUUUGUUUUGUCCUUAUUGGAGACAAGAUGCACGAGGUACCAUCGUGGGCAUUACUCAAUAUACCAACAGUGCUCACAUUGUACGAGCCAUGCUUGAAGCUGUUUGCUAUCAAACACAAGAAGUAUUGGAAGCCAUGUGCAAAGAUUCAGGUACAGAUGUUGCAAACUUGAUGGUUGACGGUGGCAUGACUAAAAACUCCCUUCUCAUGCAACUCCAGGCUGAUAUUAGUCGUAAAAAAGUUAGAAUCCCUUCGUAUUCUGAGACUACUGUUUUAGGAGCAGCCAUAUGUGCCUGCUUUGGUGUGAAAAUAUUUCAUCACAUCAAAGAUGUACCAGCGCCUCACAAGGACAAGAUGCUGAUUUUCAAACCUCACAUUUCAGAAGAAGAAACACAGCUCAAAAUGAAACGUUGGAGAAAAGCUGUGAGUAAAUCUCUUGAUUGGCAUGAGGAAUAA